GGCGGCUCUUCAGGCUUCAUGCAGUUCAACAGAGCAGGGAUGGCGGCGGGAGCUGCUGGCAUGUGCGCGCUGUUCAUGACUUUGGGGUUGACCCUGCUGGCAUUUUCUUCAAGGAAAACUGUGCUGUCCGUUGCUCAGCGAUCUCGACAUCAACCAAGCCUGCUCUUGCAGAAGAGGAGAGUAAUCGGCGCCAGACGUUCGAUGCUCGCUGACUGCGUGUCAUGGAGGGGAUGCUCAAUUCAGUAUGACCCUGAAACCAUGGAUGUGAACGGCUCUUUCUAUGAUAGAUUUGAUAACUACCCGAAUGCUUGGGACGCAUCUCCUGCUGCAAGAUACGUGAGAGAUCUCUACCCUGGCGGAUGGCCGCGAUACGCCGACGAGGAGCCUUCAGUGGUGGUGGGUGGAGAUCCUUUGAAAGCUUAUCCGUUCAAUGACUUCGGUACUGGAUAUGGUGGUGCGUAUGACACAUACAGAAGCCCUAACACAUACUAUUAUUAAGGCAAGGAAUAUCUCGUUUAUUCCUCCAGAUCCUUUGCGAGACUGAUCUAAAUCAAACCUGAUUUGACGUAGAAUGCAAACUUUGCGACAAAUCCGUUUGUUACCGUCUCAUCACAUAGACUCUGUACAAAUCUAUGAAAUUUUUACAGUUCUCUCGGUUCACGGUUUGUAUACUUCUUGUAAUAAACCAUGAAUGCUUG